UUUGAUAUAUUUGUUAAUGAAUAUGCUAAUGAAAAAAUUGAUAUUAGAAAAGAAUAUUUAAAUUUUAUUCAACAACCAACUAGUUCUAUUCAAUUUUCAUUUAUUUUCUAUCCAUUUUUUUUAUCAACUAUAAAUAAAAUAGCAUUACUUAAUAUUGAAAGUAAAGCACGAAUGUAUCUUCAACGACGUUCAAUAUUUGUUCAUAAUAUAUUUAGUUCAAUUCGUUUAAAUCCAUUUUUUAAAAUACAUGUUCGACGUAAUCAUUUAAUUGAAGAUGCACUUAUUUCGCUCGAAUAUCAAGGUAUUGAACAUCCUGAUGAACUUAAAAAACAAUUCUUUGUCGAAUUCGAAGGCGAACAAGGUCAUGAUGAAGGUGGAUUAUCAAAAGAAUUUUUUCAACUUAUUACUGAACAAAUUUUUAGUCCAGAAUAUGGUAUGUUUAUGACAAAUGAAGAAACACGUUGUUUAUGGUUUAAUCCAUCAGCUGCUGAAGAUCUUGAUCGUGAAUAUACAUUAAUAGGCAUGUUAUUAGGUUUAGCUAUAUAUAAUUCAAUUAUUCUUGAUAUUAAAUUUCCACCUGUUCUUUAUCGUAAAUUAAUGGGUAAAAUUGGUACUUUUGAAGAUCUUGAAACAUCACAUCCGACUAUAUAUAGAAGUUUAAAAAGUCUUUUAACAUUUAAUGAAGAAAACGAAGGUAUGACUAUUGAAGAUGCAUUUGGUUUAACAUUUCAAGUUGCUAUUGCUGAUGCAAUGGGUUCACGAUUAUUAUUUGAUUUAAAAGAAAAUGGUGAAAUAAUACCAGUAACAAAUGUUAAUCGAGAAGUUAUUAAAUGA